AUGUACACACACUUCCUGAUCCUUCAGACCAACAUCAAACAUGAGAAGGACUAUGAGAAGAGAGUGACAGAUGAAGACAUGAUCCUCAAACUGGGGAAACUGGCUUUUCAGCAGCUUGUGAAAGGCAACCUGAUCUUCUAUGAUGAAGAUCUGAGAGAGUGUGGCAUUGAUGAACAUCUAGCAGCUCUAUAUGCACACCUCUCCUUUACAAACAAGACGAGAGAUGUGUUUGACCAAAACAAACAAAGCCUGUUGUCUAGGAUUUUUAAGCAGAAGAAAUAUAAUUUAUUAUCUGAGCUGCAUCAGAGAGCUGUGAAUGAGGUUUUACAGAGUAAGAAUGGACAUCUGGAUCUUUUCCUGCGGUUUCUUCUGGGUCUCUCAGUGGAGUCCAAUCAGACUCUCUUACAAAAACUACUACAAACUACGACACAAACAGGAAGCUGCUCCUACAACAAAGUGGAAACAGUUGAGUACAUCAAACAGAAAAUCAGGGAGAAUAGCUCUUCAAAAAAAUCCAUCAAUCUGUUUCACUGUCUGAAUGAACUGGGUGAUGAUUCACUGAUGCAGGAGAUCCAGCAUUAUCUGAAAUCUGGACAAAUAAGAAAAACCAAACUCUCCUCUUCACAGUGGUCAGCUCUGGUUUAUGUGUUGCUUACAUCAGAGCAGAAGAUGGAUAUUUUUGAUCUAAAACAAUUUAUUGGAAAACAACAUAGAGCAGAUGAAGUUCUUCAGUAUUUGUUACCUGUGGUUAAAGAAUCCAGAUCAGUUCAGUUAUGUGGAUGUAAUCUCACUGCUCAGUCUUGUGGGAGUUUAUCAUCAGUUUUACAAUCCUCAAACUCUGUCCUGAGGGAGCUGGACCUGAGUAACAAUGACCUGAAGGAUUCUGGAGUGAAACUUCUUACUGAUGGACUGAAAAGUCCAAACUGUCAGCUGGAGAUUCUGAGAUUGUCUGGCUGUAUGGUGACAGAGAAAGGCUGUCGUUAUGUGUUUUCAGCUCUGAGUUCAAACCCCUCACACCUGAGAGAGCUGGAUCUGAGCUACAAUCACCCAGGAGAUUCAGGAGUCAAACUACUCACUGAAAAACUGUUGGAUUCAACCUGUUCACUGGACAAACUCAAACCAGAGUAUGUGAGCAGAGUGGAGUGA